AUGGCACGCCAGAACAUAGCCACUGCCGCUCCGCCUCUGGACGACCAAGCCGACCGCACUGUCAAAUCCCAAAGAAAACGCCGACAGAAGGAAUUGAAACCUGCAAGAAGUGAUGGAGAUGAAGGGAUCUGGUCCAUCUUCGUGAUCUUCCUCUACAUCGGUAUCCCCGUUAUUCCUGCGUUGCUGUACCACGUCAGUUUGCAGAUAGGAGUCAACAAUCUACAACAAGUCGCUGAUAAACUUUUCGAGAUCUGGGCGAUGAUUUUUAUCGGCUUUCCCCUUGGUCUUGGUGUCGCCUGCCUGACUGCUAUGAUCCUGGCCAUCAUUGGUCUUCUCCUGGCCAAAGGUGUCGUUAUUCAGUAUGGAUAUCUGAUGGAGAUCGUCAGAGACGUCAGAGCAUUGGAAGAUUCACCCUUGCCGGUUUAUGCCACCAUGUCAAGGGCUCCAGGGCCUUGA